AUGAGUGAGUUCACUGUGAGUGUAAGAAAUUUUUAUGGUGACAAUAAUUACAAGGCUAAUAUUUUCGACGUGAAGUGCGAUGAACACUCAAUUGUUUGUGAGCUACCUCCAAAUUUAACAAGGAUUCUAGGACCUUCAAACGUAUGGAAAAUAUUCAAGAAGCAGUCAGAACUUCUCGAGUACUUGUCAUUUAAAGCUCGCAACUUGAACUUGAUGCCAUUUGUUUUCCAAAGUAUUAACAAUGAACGCUUAUUCCUCGCUGCGCAUCCCCUGGUGUUUUGGUACUAUGACAGUCACCGUAAGACCAAUCAAAGACACUCCUACGAAAUCAUCCGAGAAAAUCACCCUUGUAAGUUGUACUUUGAUUUAGAGUUCUGUGUCAACUCCAAUCCUGCUCAUAAUGGAGACAGGAUGGUCAGCACCUUUCUGAAAAUUGUCAUUUUUAUGAUAAAGGUCCCAUGCAGUUUUAACGAUGUCCUGGAUCUUGAUUCAAGUACCAGCUCAAAAUUUAGUCAUCAUUUAAUAUUUCAAUUGCCUAACCAUGUUUUUCAGACAAAUUACCAUGCGGGGUACUUUGUGGAAAAAGUUUGUCAUGAAAUAUUAGCCAACAUCCAUGGCGAAGAUAUGAAAGUAGAUCUUAAGUGUGAAUGUAAUGUUUCUAAAGAAGAGUUGUCAGAAUUACUGGUUAAAGAUGCAAAAGGGAACUCAGUUUUAUUUUGUGAUAGGUCUGUUUAUUCCAAAAAUCGCCAUUUUCGCCUUUACAAAUCUAGCAAACUGGGUAAAGAAACGCCUUUAGAGGUGAGUGCAAACAACAAGUUUUGUGUCAACAAUUCUGUAGAAAAUAUAUCUGAUGAGCAAAUAUUUUUAGCAUCUCUCAUCACGUAUUUUCCAGAUGAACAUUUUCUCUCAAAUUGUGAUAUUAUUAGUUUUGACCUUGCCGGUCCGACUUCUUCUCGCCCAAAAAAUUGUUCCAACUAUUCCAGUCAGGCCAGUGUAAAAUCAGUCUCUGCAUUUCCAAAAGUUGACAAAUUCGUUCAAGAUUUGGUUGCACCCGGCAAAAUAUGGCGAGUCCUUUCAUUUGAUGAGAACAAAACCCUUGUCUAUGACAUAGUCGCUAAUAGAUUUUGUCAAAAUAUUGGUCGUGCUCACAAAAGCAAUAAUAUCAUGAUAGUUGUUGACACUGGUAAGUGUAUUUACUACCAAAAGUGCCAUGAUCAUGAUUGCAAAGGGUUCCGGUCUGAGGAAAAACAACUACCUUUUGAGAUUAGUUUCUAUUUGCGUCCUGAUAGUGAGCUAGUGAGGAGCACAGAGGAUGAUUUACAGUUGUUGGAGGAUGACGCUUUUUUGUCUGAAGACUGCUUACAAAUCAGUCAGGAGCCAAAAGUACUCUCUAGGGUCACUGAGAAUCCUCAGCCAAGUGUGCAGGAACCUAAGUGCUCAGAAACAGAUUCCAACAAAGUAGACCUCUCUGAGAGCAAAGCUCUCUGCACAGGAAAUGGAGCGGAACCUAAAACAAACAAUAGUACCUCUGAAGGUGUGCUUAGUUGCAAUAAAAGUUCUGGGUCUCAAUUUCCUGAUGAGGAAAUGGAGUAUGCGGUUUGUCAAAUUUUAGACAUUAUUGAGGACGAAUCAUUUGCAAAUGAGAAUUCAAAUUUUUAG